CCAUCACCGCCGCCGGAACUAGCUGAAACCUCCACCACCACCGCCUAAACAUGUCAUCACUUUCAGUGAGAUUCCUGGCACCAUCACUGCUGACGAACUCCAGCAACAACAGGUUCAAGAGCACCAGGCUCCAGGCCACCACGCCGCCGCAGACGGCGGCGCCGCCAUCGUCCGGUGCGGCGGAGGUAGACGCUCUCCGCCUGGAGCCGAGAGUGGAGGAGAAGGACGGGUACUUUAUCCUGAAGGAGAAGUUCAGGCAAGGCAUAAAUCCACAGGAGAAGGUGAAGAUCGAGAAGGAGCCGAUGAAAUUGUUCAUGGAAAACGGAAUCGAAGACCUCGCCAAAAUCUCUCUCGAAGAAAUCGAAAAGUCAAAGCUCACCAAGGAAGACAUCGACGUCAGGCUCAAAUGGCUCGGCCUCUUCCACCGCCGAAAACAUCACUACGGUAGAUUCAUGAUGAGGCUGAAGCUGCCAAACGGCGUGACGACGAGUGCUCAGACUCGGUAUCUGGCGAGCGUUAUCCGGAAGUACGGGGAAGACGGUUGCGCUGACGUCACGACACGUCAGAACUGGCAGAUACGCGGCGUGGUUUUGCCAGAUGUGCCGGAGAUAUUGAAAGGGCUGGACGACGUCGGUUUGACCAGCUUGCAGAGUGGGAUGGACAACGUGAGGAAUCCAGUGGGGAAUCCUCUUGCUGGAAUUGACCCACACGAAAUUGUCGAUACGAGGUCGUAUUGCAAUCUCCUCUCUCAAUACAUUACCGCCAAUUCUCGUGGAAAUCCCGCUUUUACCAACUUGCCGAGGAAGUGGAAUGUGUGUGUGAUAGGAUCGCAUGAUCUCUACGAGCAUCCACACAUCAACGACCUUGCUUACAUGCCGGCCACGAAGAAUGGACGGUUCGGAUUUAAUCUUCUAGUUGGAGGGUUCUUCAGCCCAAAGAGAUGCGCGGAGGCAAUCCCUCUCGAUGCGUGGGUCCCAGGCGACGACAUACUCCCGGUUUGCAAAGCUGUACUCGAGACUUUCAGAGACCUCGGCUUUAGAGGGAACAGGCAGAAAACAAGAAUGAUGUGGCUCAUUGAUGAACUUGGGAUAGAAGGAUUCAGAGAAGAAAUAGUGAAAAGAAUGCCACAAUUAAGUUUAGAGAGAGCUUCUUCGGAAGACCUCGUCGACGCCCAAUGGGAGAGGAGAGACUAUUUCGGAGCUCACCCACAGAAGCAAGAGGGCCUUAGCUUCGUAGGUAUCCACAUUCCAGUUGGGCGGAUCCAGGCCGACGACAUGGACGAGCUGGCCCGUUUAGCCGACGAAUACGGGUCGGGCGAGCUCCGUUUAACCGUGGAGCAAAACAUCAUCAUCCCAAAUAUCGCGAACUCCAAACUCGAAGCCCUACUCAACGAGCCCCUACUGAAGAACCGGUUCUCACCCGAGCCGCCCAUACUCAUGAAGGGGCUAGUGGCGUGCACGGGCAACCAGUUCUGCGGGCAGGCGAUUAUCGAGACCAAGGCUCGAGCGUUGAAGGUGACCGAGGAGGUGGGGAGGCUGGUUUCGGUGGUGAAGCCGGUCAGGAUGCACUGGACGGGCUGCCCGAAUACUUGCGGGCAGGUACAGGUGGCGGAUAUAGGGUUUAUGGGGUGUAUGACGAGGAACAAAGACGGGAAGGUGGUGGAGGGGGCGGAUGUUUUCCUCGGAGGGCGAAUCGGGAGCGACUCGCAUUUGGGGGAGAUUUAUAAGAAGAGUGUGCCUUGUGAGGAUUUGGUGCCUUUGGUUGUGGACUUGUUGGUUGAGAAGUUUGGUGGUGUUUUGAGGGAGAGGGAGGAAAGUGAAGAUUGAUUUUUUUGCUUCCAAGAAAAUGGGUUAAAAAAAAGAAAAUUUGCAGUUUCUAACUUGGUUGGAUUUUGGUUGUGAAUUUGAGUACUUAUUAUUUUUAAGUGAAUAAAUUGUUAAUUGGUUCUUAUAAGAUGGGAUGGGAGUAUUGUGUAUAAGUACUGUAUUCUAUACAGCUCACUUUGUAAUUUUCUUCUCAGUUAUAUAUAUCAAAGAAAGAAAUUAGCUUUCA